GCUGGUGCCGGAGGAGGGCGUGGGCGGGAGGAGCUCGCGCGGGGUGCGCGGGGUGUGCGGCGGAGAGGGGGGCUCGAGCUGCAGCAGGAGCCGCCGCCGCCGCCCGCCUUGCACCAUGUUCGCGCAGCUCGAGCGAUGCGAACGCGAGUGGCACGAGCUGGAGGAGGAAUUCCAGGAAUUGCAGGAAACCCACAAAGUGUACAGGCAGAAGCUAGAGGAGCUGACCACACUCCAAGCAUCCUGUAAUAACUCCAUCAGCAAGCAAAAGAAGAAGCUGUCAGAGCUCAAGGGGAGUCUCCAGAGGUGUAAGCAGCAUGCCAACUGUGAAGAAGCUGACCUCAUUCAGCAGAUGAGCGCCAGCAUCAAGGAACGGCAGAAUAUCUUCUUUGACAUGGAGGCUUACCUGCCCAAGAAAAACGGGCUGUAUCUCAGUCUGGUCCUGGGCAACGUCAACGUUACCCUCCUCAGUAACCAGGCCAAAUUUGCUUACAAAGAUGAAUAUGAGAAAUUCAAGCUUUAUUUGACUAUUAUCUUCCUGCUCGGGGCCAUAGCCUGUCGAUUCUUCCUUCACUAUAGAGUAACCGAUGAAGUGUUCAACUUCCUGCUGGUCUGGUACUACUGCACGCUCACCAUCCGGGAGAGCAUCCUCAUCAGCAACGGCUCCAGAAUUAAAGGCUGGUGGGUAUCUCACCACUACGUCUCCACAUUUCUGUCUGGGAUAAUGCUGACUUGGCCAAAUGGACUCAUCUAUCAAAAGUUUCGCAAUCAGUUUUUAGCUUUCUCCAUCUUUCAGAGCUGUGUCCAGUUCCUACAAUAUUAUUAUCAGAGUGGAUGCCUCUAUAGACUACGGGCUCUGGGGGAAAGGAAUCAUUUGGACCUCACAGUGGAGGGAUUCCAGUCCUGGAUGUGGAGGGGCCUUACUUUUCUCCUACCAUUCUUAUUCUGUGGUCACUUCUGGCAGCUUUAUAACGCCAUCACGUUGUUUGAGCUCUCCACCCAUGAAGAAUGCAAAGAGUGGCAGGUCUUCGUCUUGGCCAUCACGUUUCUCAUCCUCUUCCUGGGCAAUUUCCUGACCACACUCAAAGUCGUGCAUGCCAAACUCCAGAAGAACAGAGACAAGGUGAAGUUAUGAGCAGCCACGCCUUCCCUGCCUUGGCGCCCUGGACUCUGACCCAGUUCGGGGCAUCCCAGGGGACGUUGCUUUGGACACCAUUUCCCAGGCGGCUUCUGGGAGCAGGCCCUGGGCCCCACGGUCACCCUAACUCCAGACUCAAAGAAUGUGAACUCUUCCAUUCAGUAUUACUCCAGACAUGUGCCCCACCCAAUCUCCAUGCCCGGUCCCUCCUUUCUGUCUAUUUAAGACUGGGUCUUCCCCACUCCGCUGGAAGCAGAGACCUCUCCUGUCCUCCUAGCUGCCAGCCCACACAGGCCCAGUCCCUUUCUAGGGGUGCUUUCCCCACCUCAAGUUGUAUAGGAGCCGGGAGAGCAAGCAUGUGUCAGCAACUCUCCGUGUUUCAGAUUUCUCUUGGGAGGUGAACUCUGCCCUGCUGUUUUGGCCUAAGAUGGGAAUGGGCAAUGAUGAAUCCUUCAGUGUCAUGUGGGCCUCGUUCCCCCCUCCCUGGGAAUGCUGCUAUUCCCCCAGGAUCCUCCCCUCUUCCCUUCUGCCUACCCAACGUCCUAGAGAACCACUCUGUCUCAUCUCUUCUCCCGUUUCUCUUAUCUGUCUCUUGGUGGCAGUGUACCUCCUGGAGCCAAGCCCUCAGUGACCUCUCACUCCCCUGGGCAGCCUUUCCUUGGGACUUACUUCCCCUCUCCUUACACCUCCCCAACAUGUUUGUGUUGGAGAGAGGGGAUGAAUGUUUACAAGACAGACUCCAAUGCGUGUGCCUGCGAUGCUGGGUCCGCUGCUGGGUGUAAUGCAAAGAAUAUCGGAUUUGGAGGUAAAAGACCCAGGUUCAAAUCCUGACUAUAAUUUAAUUGUCCGGGUGUUAGCCAUCUGCUUCCUCCUCUCUGGGCUGAUGUCUCCUAUUCUUUCAUGGGGGCCUGGAAAAAGAUCCCUGAAGCUCCCUCCAGCUGUGAUUCUGAAGCCGCCAAGUCCCUCUCAAGCCCCCUAGUGCCCGCUCCAUAGGGCAAUGCACACCCGCCUCUCACCUAGAGCAGCUGCCUGGGUUGGCUCUUCCCGGACCGCAGUAGACAGCAAUUCUUGAGCGACACCAGCAGAGGGUGCUGUGGGCCGCUGGAUUUGGAUGGGUUUGAGGUGGGGGUGGCUGAAAUUCAACAUGCCGACUCUAGAAACUCCCUCCUCAAGGUCAGUGUGGGCACACUCAGGGAAAAAUGGGGUUGGACUAGAACUCUCUUCCAGAUGCCAGCCUUAAAGUCCUAGGGAUGCGGGCUACUGGGCGAGGUGACUUUGGGGGAGGAGAAAAUCUGGCACCUGUGCUAACCCCUCCUGUGGGUAAUUGAGAAUCGAUAUUUGAGUGGUGGCCACACCAUAAGCGUCUGCCCACCCCCCUCCCUCCACCAUCUUAGUGGGGUGAGGGCGAUCAGCCAGCACCAGCCCGGAUCUCCUCCUCUGACCACCCCUCCCCCUCCUCCAAAUGCUGGAUGGUUUCUGUUUUUUAAUAAAAAUUCUCAUUUGUCUGAA